AUGACUAGUAGGGAAGAACACCACGAAGAGACAGGCCAGUUUGGCACUGUCCCCAUCUCCAUCGACACUCUGAAAGAAUUCUACAUGGGUGUCCUCACUAAGAUGGAAGAAAGAUACCAUAAGCUUCCCAAGGCUCUCGCCGUUGAGCUCAAGCUCAAAGAUAAUUCCGGAGAAGGCUGCUAUUCUCUGGAAUUCCUCUUGAGUGCCACUGAGGAGACCACCGCAGAACAGAGAUCCACUACCUUUUCCACCAUUCUUCAUACCAUGUCGGAAGAGUCGAAAUUUGAAGGACUGAACAUGGACAUUCGCGUCAAGUGUAUCACUGUCUGA